CCAGAACUAAAAUUAAAAUCUUCUUAAGGAAGCGCCUCUUCAACCUUUGUCCUUCCUCAUGGCAUUUAUUUACGGGUUUGCCACUUUCUUCCUCCUCUGUUUUAUCCACCCCUGUUUCUCUGCUCUGGUUCAAGAGCAGCCCCUCGUGCUCAAGUACCACAACGGAGUUCUCCUUAAGGGGAAUUUCUCUGUUAAUCUCAUCUGGUACGGCAAGUUCACUCCAGCCCAGCGCUCUGUAAUCGUUGAUUUCAUCAACUCCUUGAGCUCUACCAGUGAGACAGCUCCCUCUGCUUCAUCGUGGUGGAAAACCACCGAGAAGUACAAGGGCGGCGCCUCUACUCUUGCCGUUGGGAAACAGGUCCUGUUUGAGAAUUACCCACUUGGGAAAACCCUCAAGAAUCCUCAUUUGCUGGCGUUGGCUAGCAAGGUGAACGGUGUCAAUACCAUCAACGUUAUCUUGACGGCGAAGGACGUCGCCGUUGAAGGGUUUUGCAUGAGGUGCGGCACCCAUGGGUCGACUAAGGGUAUGCGUGGGUCGGCCCGCGGGGUUUUCUUGUGGGUCGGUAACUCGGAGACUCAGUGCCCGGGUCAAUGCGCGUGGCCCUUUCACCAGCCCAUCUACGGUCCCCAGACUCCGCCGUUAGUCGCCCCUAACGGCGAUGUUGGGAUGGACGGAAUGAUUAUUAAUCUGGCGACUUUACUGGCGGGCACCGUCACCAAUCCCUUUAAUAACGGGUAUUUCCAGGGACCCGCCAACGCGCCGCUGGAGGCUGUGUCAGCUUGCACGGGGAUAUUCGGGUCGGGCUCGUACCCAGGAUAUCCGGGUCAGCUCUUGGUGGACAAGACCACCGGAGCAAGCUACAAUGCAAACGGGCUCAACGGCCGCAAAUACCUUCUUCCGGCCAUGUGGGACCCGCCAACAUCAGCAUGCAAGACCCUUGUCUGAGGGAACACCCGGCGAAAAUCGACGGGGCAAAGUUACACGUGGCAGGACGUGUUGAUACUUGGACAUGAAUGAAUGUGUGGAGAUGCGUGGAUGUGGGAGCUUGUUUGGUUAGUUGUCGUGGCAUGAUGACGUGUAAAUUCUGCUCUUAUAAAAAGGAAAAUAUGAUAUGACUGAAAAAAUUGUGAUAAAAUAUGGUGUGAGUUUAUUAUGAGAUAAAAUUGUACUUAUUUUGUUUUUUCUUAAUGGUAUUGAGGAUAAGAUUAUGUUUUAACAAUAGAAUUUAAUUAAAAAGGUCAUUCGCU